AUGCAACAACACACGUACAAUGACCAUAACGAUGUUGCUUUGGAAGGCGUCCCCGCGGGGGACUCCGACAUUGAGCAGCAGCAGAUAACCGAGGUCAUCAAUUUCGACGAUGACGCCAAGGCGAAAGCGCAAUCACCAACGUACGCUGAACCCCAUGGCGCCCCUGUGGACGUUGUCGACAUACCAUUGAACCUGGAUGCCCUCGAUUCAACAUUUCAGCUAGCGGAAUGCCUCAGGUCUUAUGGCGUUGAAGGCUUACAAGAAGACGCUUACCCAUCCGCUAUCGACAAGAAAUAUCAGUCGCCAUUCACCUGGACUCUUCGAAAGAAGAUUACGGUACUCUUCGGAACGUUCAUCGCUUCGACGCUGGCCGCAUACUCUGCAGGUGGUUACGCUAUGGCAUCGGAGCCCCUGACUCAGCUGUGGCACAUCUCGAACACGGAGUUCAAUGUCGGUAUCACGCUGUUCGUACUGGGAUUCGGCUUUGCGCCCAUGAUCCUCGCCCUAAUCAGCGAGAUAUAUGGACGUUACUGGGUUUUCGUUGGUUCCGGCUGCGUAUUUUUUCUCGGGACGCUUGGUUGUGCGGUAACCGCCUCCUUUCCUGGCAUGCUGGUCUCGCGACUGGUGGUUGGCAACGGGGCGUCAGUAUUUGCUACCCUUACGGGAGGCGUUGUUGGCGAUGUCUUCCACAAGGAGAACCGCAACACGCCAAUGGCGUUAUACUCGCUGUCAAUCAUGAUCGGAACUGGUCUUGGUCCUAUGAUCAGCGGAAUCAUCGUUGACAAUCUUCAUUGGAGGUGGAUCUUCUAUAUCCAAAUGAUCACCGUUGGGACCACGACACUGGCGAUGUUCUUCUUCUUCGACGAGACCAGGAGUAACGUCGUUCUCCGAAAGAAGUGUGUUGCACUGAAUAAGCACUUCCUCGACAUUCGCCUUCAACGCACUGCUGCCAUGUCCCGGAGACCCGAUCGACCAAUGUUGCAGCCGAAGCUGCAGUCGACAUCGCACUCUGCUACAGAUUCAGUUCGUGUACGGUUUAUAGAGCAUGCCGAAGGACCAGAACUUGAUCUCAGCAUCAUCUGGCGCAGCUUCUCGUUUCCUCUGAAGCUGCUCUUUACAGAAUCGGUCGUAUUCUGGUUCUCGGCCUGGGUCUCGUUUGCAUGGGCUAUUCUCUUCAUGCAGUUCAACAGCAUUGGGCUCGCAUUUCGGUCCACAUACCACUUCAAUAGCUCGGAGGUUGGUGGCGUUUACACAGCUGUGGUCGUCGGUAGUUGCGCUGGGGCAGCCAUUUGCAUCUUCCAGGACCCUAUCUUCAGACGAGUCAUUCCCCAGCAGAUGGCCACGCCAGAGGGUCGACUGUACUCAGCCUGCGUUGAGUCCCUUUUUCUCCCCAUUGGGCUUUUUUGGUUUGGCUGGAGCACGUCACCGAAUGUUCACUGGAUCGUUCCGGCUUUGGCCAUUGCCUCCGUGACCAUCGGCAUCUUUGCCAUCUACCUGGCUGUGUUCAAUUAUCUUGCCGACAUCUAUCACCGCUACGCAUCUUCGGCACUUGCUGCUCAGUCCAUGUGUCGGAACCUGCUGGCCGGUGUCUUCCCUCUAUUCACUAAUACCAUGUUCCAAAGACUUGGGUACGGCGGCGCAGGUAGUCUCCUUGGUGGGAUCGGUUUAGUCUUGUCACUUGUUCCGUGGCUGCUUUGCAUCUAUGGGGAACGGAUUAGAGCACGAAGUCCGUUUGCCGGUCAGCUUAAAGCAACUUGA